AGGGGAGUAAGUCAGGUCAACAAGAAUUUGGCAUAAUCACAAAGGAUAUUAUACUAUUCUGCAGAUCAAUCAUGGCUGAUUAUGACGCUGUGCUCAAGUGCUGGUCUGCAAUGGAGGCGGACUACAGUGGCAUUGGGAACCUGGUUAUGAGGCGUUUAUUCAAAGAGUUCCCACAAAGCCUGAAUCAUUUCCCCAAGUUUGAUGGCAUGUCCCAGGCUGACCUGGCUAGUAAUGGAGAUCUCACUGCCCAGGGUGUCACUGUGCUGACGAAACUGGGUGAGGUGCUGAAGACCAGAGGCAACCACGGUGAAAUUAUUAAAAAUCUGUCCAAAUCUCAUGCCAAUCAACACAAGGUCCCCAUUGGUCACUUCAAGGUGAUGGCAGAGAUUCUUGGUAAAGUCAUGGAGGAGAAGGCAGGACUCGAUGGUCCUGGGCAGCAAGCCCUGAAGAGACUGAUGACUGCUGUCAUCGCUGAUAUUGAGGCCAACUACAAAGAGCUUGGCUUCAGCGGGUGAAGAUUAAAGUUAGGAUAAAGUCAUGCCAGGGGCAGGUGAUAGAAAAAAAAAGAUUGAGUUUUAUUAAAUAAAUCAAAUGGUGUAAUCAUCUGUAAACAACUAAUCUUCAAUGAAAUGAAAUUCAUCAUGGCAGACUGAUGACUAACAACAAGCUGUUACUCUUUGGCACAUAUUACCAAUAAAAUCCUGUUACUCUA